CAGAAUCCACCCCAUGACCUGAGCCUUUUUGGGCAUUUGACAUCUGACAAAGUUAGGAUUUAAGUGCUGUGGCUCAUAUGCAAAAUGCCCCGUCUGUUCUCUCCAGGGUGUCCUGUGGUACUGUCACAUCCGGGCAGUCUUGGUCAUUGUCCAUCCCUUCCCAUCAUGUGUGGUUUUGUUUCUCUUCUCUGCAAGACUCAGUGUUUUAUGAGAACAGAGACAUGAACUCAGACAUGUGCCUUUCCUGAGAUAGCACAUGAUUUGAGAGUGGAGGCAUUUCUGUGGGCUUGGGAAAUUCAUAUUUCCUAGCAAAGCAUGAACCAGUCUUCCUAUCACUGCUAGGGACCCACAUCUGUCAGAGCUUUUCAGAACAGCUUCUAUCUCUGCAUCUAAUAAUUGAAGAUGAAACUGGGAAUACAGACAUAAUUUAGGUAAACACACAGAUAAAACAAAUAUCUUUAAGAAAAACUAAACGUGAGCAAAGAAAAAAGCCAUCAAUUCUGGCUACUAGAUGAGUGGGUGCAAAACAAAAGGAAACCAGAAAUAGUUUUUGCAAGACAUGUGAUAAAGGAUUAAUGACCUUACAUAAGCAUAGAGUUCUCAGAAAUCAGUAAGAACACAGGAGUAGGAAAAUGAGGAAACAAGUGAACUGUGUGAACAGCCCCAGGAAGCCCGGCUCUGUCACAAUGAGACUCCUCCAUGUGGUCCUCACGGCCGCCUUCCUCCUCUCCCAGGUACUGCCCGACAGCACCGGGGCCUUCAAUUUUGAAAGGCCCUGCUACCUGCGGGGCGGAAACUGCCUGAAGCGAGGGACGCCAAACUGUGAGCCCUUCCGAGGCCCCUGCCGAGCCUUCACCGUCUGCUGCAAAGCGAAGGGGAGCGGCAGGAAGAGGAGCAGCCAAGGAACCCUGGCUCCCCGAGCCAAAGCGCGGCUCCCCUUGUCCAAGUAGCUGCAAACAACGUGCAAGUCUAAUUAAUCAGUUAUUUUGUCCUUAGGAUUGAUUGGAGGCACAGUUGUGUACUGUGUGUGUGUGUGUGGUGGGGGGUAGUCAGUGAGAGGGAGAAGAUGUAAGAAUAAAAUCUCUGUUAUGCUUUAAA